GGCAGAGUAUUAGCAAAGAUGCUCCGUCUCUGAUAAUAGUGACCCACAGACAGUGCAGCCAGGACUACGAGUAAUAAUAUCACAUGUCUGUAUCACAUAGUCGUGGACCAUAUUUAGACAAUAAUUUGACUUAUAUAAGCCUUACUUUUUUUAGACAACAUUUCUACCACUCGGGAAUCUGAUUUCAAUGGAAAUAUGAGCAGCUGGCACAGAACUGCCGUUAAGCUAGAUAGCCUGUGGUAAAAACCCAUUGAAAAGUAUUUGUUGCUUCUUUUUUUCGUUGCUGUAGGGAAUUCAGUCAACUACGUAUGGUUCUGAGAUAUAUCGUGUCUUACUGAAAGUGCAGGGACAGUGGACAGACGUCACUCUCCGUGAUGGAUAAUGCUCAUACUAAGACGGUGGAGGAGGUUUUGGGCUUCUUCAGUGUGAAUGAGUCUACAGGUCUGAGCUGUGAGCAGCUGAAGAAGAACAAGGAGCGAUGGGGAUCCAAUGAAUUGCCAGCUGAAGAGGGGAAGUCACUUUGGGCGCUGAUCCUGGAACAGUUUGAAGAUCUGUUGGUUCGAAUCUUGCUGCUGGCUGCGUUCAUCUCCUUUACCCUGGCUUGGUUCGAAGAAGGAGAGGGGACAAUCACAGCCUUUGUUGAACCCUUUGUUAUCCUGCUCAUCCUCAUCGCCAAUGCUAUUGUGGGAGUAUGGCAGGAGCGUAAUGCGGAGAAUGCCAUUGAGGCUCUGAAGGAGUACGAGCCAGAGAUGGGCAAAGUGUACCGUCAGGACAAGAAGAGCGUCCAGAGAGUCAGAGCCCGAGACAUCGUUCCUGGAGACAUUGUGGAAGUUGCUGUUGGUGAUAAGGUCCCAGCAGACAUCAGGCUGACGUCAAUCCUUUCCACCACUCUGAGGGUGGACCAGUCCAUCCUGACGGGGGAGUCUGUGUCAGUGCUCAAACACACAGACCCUGUACCAGAUCCCCGAGCCGUCAACCAGGACAAGAAGAACAUGCUCUUCUCUGGAACCAACAUUGCAGCGGGCCGUGCCAUCGGGGUUGCCGUGGCAACAGGGGUGCAGACAGAGAUUGGGAAAAUCCGAGAUGAGAUGGCCUCCACUGACCCUGAAAGAACCCCCCUACAACAGAAACUAGACCAGUUUGGAGAACAGCUGUCUAAGGUCAUCAGUGUGAUCUGUGUGGCAGUGUGGGCCAUCAAUGUGGGACACUUCAAUGACCCGGUCCACGGAGGCAGCUGGCUGAGAGGAGCUGUUUACUAUUUUAAGAUCGCUGUCGCACUGGCUGUAGCUGCCAUACCAGAAGGACUCCCAGCAGUCAUCACUACCUGCCUGGCACUGGGCACCAGGAGGAUGGCCAGGAAGAACGCCAUCGUCCGCAGCCUGCCAUCAGUGGAGACGCUGGGUUGCACCUCUGUUAUCUGCUCUGACAAGACAGGAACACUGACCACCAACCAGAUGUCCGUCUGCAGGAUGUUUGUAGUAGACAGUGUGUCAGGGGAACGCUGCAGCCUGAGCGAGUUCACAGUGACUGGAUCUACUUACGCCCCUGAAGGGGAAGUUUAUAAGGAUGGCUCAGUUGUAAAGUCCAGUCAGUAUGAAGGCCUGGUGGAGAUAGCCUCCAUCUGUGCACUGUGCAAUGACUCAUCACUGGACUACAAUGAGGCCAAGGGUGUGUUUGAGAAGGUUGGGGAGGCAACAGAGACUGCCCUCUGCUGUCUGGUGGAGAAAAUGAACGUGUUCGACACCGAGCUGAGAGGACUUAGCCCUGCUGAGAGAGCUACAGCGUGCUGCUCCGUGAUCAAGCAGCUGAUGAAGAAGGAGCUGACGCUGGAGUUCUCCAGAGACAGGAAGUCCAUGUCUGUCUUCUGUUCAUCCAAUAAACUCAACAGGUCUGCCUCUGGAGCCAAGAUGUUUAUCAAGGGAGCUCCAGAGAGCGUGUUGGAGCGCUGUAAUUAUAUCCGGGUCGGCGCUUCCUGUCGUGUGCCUUUGACCCCGGCAUUACGAGAGGAGAUCCUGUCCACUGUGCGGGAAUGGGCAUCGGGUCGAGACACACUGCGUUGCCUCGCCAUGGCAACCAGGGACACGCCCCCUGACAUCCACAGCCUCAACCUGGAGAAUUCAGCUACCUUUGCUCACUAUGAGUCGGACCUGACCUUUGUUGGCUGUGUGGGCAUGUUGGACCCACCGAGGAAAGAGGUGCUUUCUGCGGUCCGAAUGUGUCGACAGGCUGGCAUCAGGGUCAUCAUGAUCACAGGUGACAACAAAGGGACAGCACUUUCUAUCUGUAGGAGGGUGGGCAUCAUCACGGAGCAGGAAGAGGAGCAGGAGGGCUUGGGGAUCAAUGGGGGCCUUACGGGGAGGGAGUUUGAUGAGCUGCCCCCUCACCUGCAGCGCCAGGCCUGCAGGACAGUAAGGUGCUUCGCCCGGGUGGAACCCACACACAAGAGUCGUAUAGUGGAGUACCUGCAGAGCCUCAAUGACAUCACUGCCAUGACAGGUGACGGCGUGAACGACGCGCCUGCAUUGAAGAAGGCGGAGAUCGGCAUUGCUAUGGGCAGCGGCACAGCGGUGGCUAAGUCAGCCUCUGAGAUGAUUCUGGCUGAUGACAACUUCUCCACCAUCGUGGCUGCAGUGGAGGAGGGCAGAGCCAUUUACAAUAACAUGAAACAGUUCAUCAGAUACCUGAUAUCAUCCAACAUCGGAGAGGUGGUGUGUAUUUUCCUGACGGCCGCACUGGGCAUGCCUGAAGCGCUGAUCCCAGUCCAGCUGCUAUGGGUCAACCUUGUCACUGACGGUUUCCCAGCAACGGCUCUGGGCUUCAACCCUCCAGACCUGGACAUCAUGUCCCGCCCCCCCCGAACCCCCAAAGAGCCUCUCAUCUCCAGCUGGUUGUUCUGUCGCUACCUCAUCAUUGGAUGUUAUGUGGGAGCUGCUACUGUGGGAGCUGCUGCCUGGUGGUUCAUGGCCGCCCACGACGGACCAAAACUUUCCUUCUAUCAACUGUCCCACUACCUUCAGUGCCGUGAAGGCCACGUUGAGUUUGCUGGUGUGCAGUGUUCAGUCUUUGAGUCUCCUUAUCCCAUGACAAUGGCUCUGUCUGUCCUGGUUACCAUAGAGAUGUGCAACGCCUUGAACAGUCUUUCAGAGAACCAGUCCCUGCUGAAAAUGCCUCCCUGGUCAAACCCCUGGCUGGUGGGGGCCAUAUGUCUGUCCAUGGCUCUACACUUCCUCAUUCUAUAUGUAGACCCACUGCCGGUGGUCUUCCAGAUACGCCCUUUGUCGUGGCCUCAGUGGGUGGUGGUGUUGAAGAUGUCUCUUCCUGUCAUCUUGAUGGACGAAGCUCUCAAGUUCUUGGCCCGCAACUACAUUGAGCCAGGAAGCCAGAUCCAGACGGUGGAAGAGGAAGAGGAGCAGCGGAGGACGGGGGCAAGCCCGGGAUUGGCCGGUGCCAUGAUGACGAUGCUGCGCAGGUCACUAAAGGGCGUGUCUUGGUCGUUUGUCCUGAUUUCUGCACCGCUAUUGAUCUGGAUCUUCAGCCUGGACUCUGACAUCACCAACAUCUUCUGGGAGUGAUGGGAGGAAGAGAGUAUUGCAGGACUGUGGAGGAUAGAAGAAAGAAGGACAGUUGGAAUAACAUGCAGAGGACUGGGUGUGUGAGGGAUAAAGAGUGAAAUAUUUAGCCAACAAGGCAAUUGGAAAACAACAGGGGACAAAGAUUAUCUCUUCCUCUACUCUAAAAGGUGCUAUGUGUAGCAUUUCAUUCCAUACCUUGUAUGAGUUGACUCUAGAGUUAACUCUCAGCUUGUCUGUCCAACACGUGGGCCCAGAGUGAAAUAUGAUAGCUCCAAAGCUGUACUUUAAUGUUAACGUAGCAUGCUCACCUGCUAAACUGCUAACCUGCCAACCUUGCAUUCUAAAAUAUUAAAGGUUAAUGAUAAACAUUAGCAUGUUAGCAUGCUAUAAUCUGUUUCUGUGUUUUAAAGCCUUUAGACAAACAAUGUAAAGUAUAAUGUAGAUCAUCAAUGGUUCCCAGCUGUUGGCUUGUCACAUUUAUUUCCCUCUCAGAUAGUUUCACUUGGGUUGCACCUGCUAAGCAUAAAACCUUCACUUAGUUUGUGUCAAGUUCUCAGUUACUCCUAGCCAGCUUAAAAUUAGUCAUUUACUAAAUCAGAAUGCCAAUAUAACUUGUGUAAACCUGUUGUUGGAAACAUCUGUACCAAUGUCCAAUCACAUACAGUCAUCAGGAAGUGAUUGUGAGAGGAAAACACUAAAGUGGGUGUGUUUCAGGGUCAGCAAACCAACCAUAUUUUGUGUGAGAUUAUUAGGAUAACAAUAUAUUGUGUUUUUUGUGAAAUGUAAUUUGAAGUCUUUUCCAUUAACAUAAUAUUUAAAGAGUGUUUUUUUUUUUCAAGCAAAGAGUCAGAUAUUAUGUCUUUUACUUUUCGGUCUAAAUAUUAGCUCAGUCAGCGUUUCCAUACUUAGUAUUUAGGAACAACUAAUCCCGAUUUAACAACUACUUUGUUUGGUGCAACCCAUUUUAAUUUAGUAAUGCAUAUACCUCCACUUCUGUUAACAAAGCUAACAUUGAACUAUGGAAAAGGUAAAAGUUAACACAACUUAUAAAUAAAAAAGCAAAGAUCAGAAAGUCAGAACAAUAAUGUGUGUAGCAGAAAUACGUGUUAUUUUCUUAUGUUUCUUCUUAAAAAAUCCCUCUGUGGCUGGAAACCACUCAGUCAUUCUAACAGCUUGUUGAUGGUGUUUCUGGUGGUUGAAUGCUACAUAUAGCACCUUUUUAGAUAGAAAUGUCUGGUUGAAAAAUGAGUGGAUGAGAUGAGAAGCACUAAUCAAACACACACACACACCAGCUUUACGUCCACAUUGUAAUUCACCAAUAAUAAUGUGUGUUCAGUAACAGGUCACUAGAUCUACAAUAGAAUCCCCAACAACAGUCUUUAUGCUGCAAUGCAAAAGUAGUAUUGUUCCAACGUUCUUGUAGAUACUGUACAUUAGACUGAAACAAGCAUUUAACCUGUGAAGACACACCUGCAUGUCAGCGCACGUCACACAUUUCUAACACGUAUCAAAGCGGAAGAUCAGCAUAAAUCCAUACUGUGACUGUGAGUAGAAGUCUGGGCUUAAAGUGGACGUAUGUACACCCGGGGGUCUGCAGGUUGUAAAAGGCUUCACAACAGUACAGUUGAUCAUAGCAUUUAAAGGCCAGUCAUUCAUCCUCCUUUGUCUUUUCUCUUAUUGUUACUGACACUGAAGUAACCUGACCUGACAUCCUGAGGCUUCAGAGACUGACUGAAGCCGACUUUAAGCCUUCACACAUGUUGACUUUAUUAGUUAUGUUCAUGUUUAAGUACGGUAGAGGUUGUAGUGUACUUCCGGGUUCAGUCAGCAUUUUAAUGACUGCUACAUGUAUGUAAGCUAAAUGGAUUAAUAUGGUUCUUUUUGUCAUAUCCUGUCUGUGUGUAUUACUCAGUACAGCGCAGCACUAUCGGUUUAGUUGUACCUCAGUUAGUGUACUGCAAAUGGUUUUGAUGCUUUCAGCACAGCUGUAAUACAGACGGAACACAGCCUGGCAGGGAGUCAGUGUUUCAGUUAAAUGUUUGUGUGAAUCAGCCAUUUUCUCCGGUGAUGUCGUUGUGACCUCUCACUCUGUUUGCCAUUGAAGGGAUUUAUUUAUUUAUUUGUGAACAAAGCGUUUUUGAUUCAUGUAGUUACAAUAACUUUUCUUGUAUUUCACAUUUGGCCACAAUGACGGAGUAUAAGGGCCGCUUAUUAGAGAGAAAUGUCAUGACAUUAUGAGAGUAAAGUCACAAUAUGUACAACUACUAUUUAAACCUUCUGCUGCAUACGAGCAGAGCAUCUAUGUAAAAUUGACUUUAUUUUUGUAAUAUUGCAACUUUUUUUUAUAUUACAGCUUAACUCAUAAUAUGGCAUAUUCUAGUAAAAUUGCAAUUUUGUUCUAGUAAUCUAACUUUCUAGUAAAGUUGCCUCUUUAUUCUUGUAAUAUAAUGUUUCAAAGUUUUUAGAAUUUACUCAUAACUACUUUACUCAUUCUUAUAAUAUUAUGACCUCAUGUCAUCCAAUUGAAAGCUUAUUCCAUAAAUGUAUGACUUUCUCCUCACAAAAGUGCCACUUUAUUCAAAAUUGAGACUUUAUUCUCAUAACAGCUUGAUUUUCUUUCUCAGAAUUUUGCCUUUAUGCCGAAAUGUCAGAUUUCAUUUUUCUCCUAAAAGUCGCCCUUAUAGUUGGUCAAAGGCUCGUACCGUUUAAUAAAAACAUAAAGCUGAUGCUUUAAAAUAGAAAAGCAUUAAACCUUUUUCUUUAGUUUUAAUCUCUACUCCUUGUUAAUUAUCCAAACGCAUAGACAUAGGUAGUUCUGCCUUUUUUUUUUUUUUUGCUCAAUUUCUCACACGAUAGAUUGAAAAUUGCAAAAAUGACUAAGAGGGAUGUUUGUUGCAAUAUAUUAUUUCGAUUUUGAUACCAUUGAGGCAACAUUGAAACGCAUACCAACUUCGUUUACACCGUUUGUUCUUUUUUAUUAUUAUUUGUAUUGUUGUUGUUGUUGUUAUUAUUAUUAUUAUUAUUAUUAUUAUUAUUAUUGUUGUUGUUGUUGUUGUUAGCUCACAUUCAUCUUUGGGAGAAGAAUAAGUGGAAGGGUUUAUGGUUCCAGACUGUCAUAAUAAGUGAAAAGUUGUUCUUGACUGACUCACCUGUUUAAAUAAAGGUUGAAUUGAAGAACUUGGUAAUUAGAGACAGUUUUCUCUUUCUUGAUCUCCCUUUGUGUCCUCACCACCAACAUUCAUUGCCACUGAAGCUAAAUGAGGGAGCACUAUUUUGUAGAUUUUAUUUGUAACUUUUUUCUAGUUUAUUCUACUGCUGAAGGGUUUGUUGUAUUUGGAAAUUAUGUUAAAGGAUGAAAUCAAGAAUAAAUAAAAUUAGCCAGAA